AUGCAACCCUAUGACAUUGAGCCCCAACCCUAUGACAUUGAGCCCCAACACUAUGACAUUGAGCCCCAACCCUAUGACAUUGAGCCCCAACACUAUGACAUUGAGCCCCAACCCUAUGACAUUGAGCCCCAACCCUAUGACAUUGAGCCCCAACCCUAUGACAUUGAGCCCCAACACUAUGACAUUGAGCCCCAACACUAUGACAUUGAGCCCCAGCCCUAUGACAUUGAGCCCCAACACUAUGACAUUGAGCCCCAACCCUAUGACAUUGAGCCCCAACCCUAUGACAUUGAGCCCCAACACUAUGACAUUGAGCCCCAACCCUAUGACAUUGAGCCCCAACACUAUGACAUUGAGCCCCAACCCUAUGACAUUGAGCCCCAACCCUAUGACAUUGAGCCCCAACCCUAUGACAUUGAGCCCCAACACUAUGACAUUGAGCCCCAACCCUAUGACAUUGAGCCCCAACCCUAUGACAUUGAGCCCCAACCCUAUGACAUUGAGCCCCAACACUAUGACAUUGAGCCCCAACACUAUGACAUUGAGCCCCAACCCUAUGACAUUGAGCCCCAACACUAUGACAUUGAGCCCCAACCCUAUGACAUUGAGCCCCAACCCUAUGACAUUGAGCCCCAACCCUAUGACAUUGAGCCCCAACACUAUGACAUUGAGCCCCAACACUAUGACAUUGAGCCCCAGCCCUAUGACAUUGAGCCCCAACACUAUGACAUUGAGCCCCAACCCUAUGACAUUGAGCCCCAACCCUAUGACAUUGAGCCCCAACACUAUGACAUUGAGCCCCAACCCUAUGACAUUGAGCCCCAACACUAUGACAUUGAGCCCCAACCCUAUGACAUUGAGCCCCAACCCUAUGACAUUGAGCCCCAACCCUAUGACAUUGAGCCCCAACCCUAUGACAUUGAGCCCCAACCCUAUGACAUUGAGCCCCAACCCUAUGACAUUGAGCCCCAACCCUAUGACAUUGAGCCCCAACCCUAUGACAUUGAGCCCCAUCCUGAAAUAUAG